GUAGACCAAGGUUUGUGUCGAUCUUGACUCAGAAUCAAGAGAGUAGAGUGAUCAAACUAAACCUAACUUGUGUUUGAUUUGUAGGCGGAAGCAAAGUGUCAGUUAAUUCGAGACUGAGACUCUAUGGGGUCUAGAGAUUUCAUCAGCAGUUUGCCGGAUGAGGUUCUUGGCAAAAAAGUCCUGUCUUUGCUUCCGAGAAAACUCGUUGUCUCCACGUCUGUUCUGUCCAAGAGGUGGAGGAAUCUAUUCCUUUUUGUAGACAAGUUUGAUUUGGAAGACUCAACAUCUCUGAGAAAUGAUGGAUUCUCUGAUUUCAUGGAGAAAACAGUGGCUCUGCUUCUUAGCAAUUGUCCCACCAAGAGACUCACUCUGAACUGCCGCUAUGAACGAUCUAGUGUUCACCGUUGGAUUCGCAGUGCCCUCCAACGCGGCUGCUUGGAACUAAACUUGCAAUGCCUGUAUGGUCAUUCUUUGGAUAUAGGGAUCUUCUCCUCGAGCAGUACAUUGGUUAAACUCACACUAUCUAGUUAUCUAACUUGUCUUCUAGGGUAUGUUCCACUUGAGGAGGGCACAGUGUUUUUCCCAGUGCUCAAGACACUUUCCAUUGGUGCUGUUGCGGCUGAUCCAGAUCUGUAUGAUUGGCUCAUCUCUGGAUCCCCUGUGCUCGAGGAAUUAUUCAUACGUGAUGUUGGUGAUGGUGAUGACCCGCCAACUUGGACGAGGUCUGUGGUUAGUGCAUCCAUCAAGCGACUCGCGAUUUUUUUCCACCUUCUUUAUAACACAGAACCUUAUGAAGACGAUGUUGAGAUAAAGACACCUAAUCUUGAGUUUCUUGACUAUUCUGCUCUUCUCUCCGAUGAUUUUGAUGUUGGUAAUCUGGAUUCGCUUGCUGAAGCUAGACUGGAUCUUCGGUUGUGGGAGUUACCUACCACACGUCAAUUUGGUGAUGUUACAAAUCUGGUUGCUGCAAUAAGAAAUGUCAAGACCCUUCACCUCUCUUCUGCUUCUUUGCAGGCGUUUUACUACUGCUGUUUUACCAUGCCGGUCUUCCACAAACUCCUUCAUCUAUCUAUUGUGAGCGACAAGGAAAACGGUUGGCAUGCAUUGCCUCGUCUGCUUUUGAAAUCUCCAAAUCUACAAACUCUAGCGAUAAAGGGUCUUUUGCACAAAGUUACUUAUAGAUGUGGAAACGCAUGCGUUUGCACUAGCAAGCCUGAGAAAAAGGUGUUAUAUAAGACUUGUUUAGAUAUAAGUCCUCGUGAUGAGGUGAAGGGGAUGUGUUGUUUAUCGACAUGUCGAGUUAAAGUGCUAGAAAUUUCAGGGUAUGGAGGUAGUUUUAGAGAGGUGAGACAAAUGGCGCAUUUCUUGGGAAAAUUGAAAUAUAUUGAAACUGUGAAAAUUGGUGUCGAAGAAGACGACAGCAACAACAACAACAGUGAGUUCUUGCGCGCCAAUCUUAGGACUCUUGAUAGAGCUUCGUCAAUGUGCAACUUCCAAUUCCUCUGAUUUCUCUCUCGCUCUGCUCUGUCCCUUCCUUGUUGUGGUUUUCCGGCUGACAACUGGUGUGAUGCUAAUGUGGAAGAGACUAAAACCAAGCUAAACAUUGGUUGUUGUUAGUUACAAAUUAUGCGCAACUUUUUGUUUGGUGAAUCUUGCUCUAUGAUUAAUGUAACACCCUCUUCUGAAUAACCAUGCACCAAAGAUACGUUUCAUCUCUACCAAUCCGGGAAGAGGUUCAAAAUGCUCAGGUAGGUAAUAUCCAAUUUGAGCCGCAAAUUCUAUACGAAAAUCUUGA